CUAUCCUUGUUAGUAGAUUUUACUGGCACUGUUCCAGAAGAAGCCACAGCCAUCCAAUGCCCCAUCGAAGCUCCACUGAACUUUACCUAUCAUACCAGUGCUGGCACAUGUAGUAGUCGGAUAUCGUCUAUUACCAGAUGCGCUGAAUGGACAAGGCUCUCGUUUCGUUACCAAGCCUGCCCGGAAAAUCCUACCAAAGAGGCUUCAGGUAUGGAAUGCAUAGCAUCAUGGCAAUCGCUUGGUCAUACGUUCUUCGCCGCUCGGGUUGGUAAUCGUCGAGGAGAGUCGUACCGAUGUUUUAUAGUUGAUCAAUCUGGAACGUCAGGACGAAUUGGAAUCUCGGCUGAUGCAAGUUGCCAGGAGCUCACACAUAUAGGUGCAGCUACCACCACACUUAAUUAUAAACAAGAUCAUAAAGUCCAUCCCCUAUGCGAUUUUCCGGACUACAUGCAUGCCAUGGGAAGAGCACGACACCGACAGACAUGGGAAUCAAUCGUUACAGGACGACGAAACGUUAUUCAGGAUGGUUCUUGGGUCUCUUCCUACAAGCUGCGAAAUGAUACCGUAUGGACGUGCUUGGAAAGUCGUCGCCAUGAACACUUCACAGCCAUCAGAGCACAUGUUCGACGAGGAUGUCAGACUGGCUAUCAGUGUGUACAGGUGUGUAAGGAAUCUUUGGUGAAUUUCGGUCAAAUCAGUCUGAACGAGUACGAGGAUUGUUCUGAAAUGGUGGUGGAUACAAGGGACACGCUUGUAGUGCAAGGAGCGCAGGAAGAAUGUCCAUUACGAGGUCGGUACACAUCGGCGGCGUGCCAGCAUCCUCUCCUGUUUCUUGGAUGCAAUAAACCAGACGAAAUCCAAAUUGCCACCGAAUGUAACCCCGUUUGGAAAGGUUCGUGUCGUCCUAAAUAUCUCUAUGGUGAAAGGAAAGAAAUUCAUAAAAAUGCCAAGGAACUGCCUUAG